AUCUUGUUUUUUGGAAGUUCGAUGUUAAAUCGUGAGUAAAACACCAAAGAUAAAGAUGCCAUUGACGACCACACUUGUCUUCCAAGUAUUAUUCGGAGUGUCGAUAGCAUUAAGUCUGUUUGGUAACACGCUGGUUAUCUCAGUUGUCUCUUCUCACCGCAGAUUGCAGACUCCUAUGAACUGCUUGUUAGCCAAUCUCGCCUUGGCUGAUUUUCUCGUUGGAUUUUUCUCUUUUCCAAGAACAUUUCACGCUGGUCUUUAUACACAUCCCAGUGGAUUAGCCGGUGAUAUCUUAUGCAAGACAUUAACAAACGGAAAUUUCAUUUACUUAGCAGCGGUAGCAUCGAUUUUAAUUUUGGUGUUUAUUGCUUGGGAAAGAUAUUUUGCUGUGAUUCAUCCGUUUAGCUCUCGCGGACGAAUCAACGCCAGGAGACUCCGUCUGUUGGUAGCCGUCUCUUGGGUAGCUGCAUUCAGCCUGGAGUUGAUUCCGUUCUGGGUUGUUAAUUUUGACGAGGAGAAGAAAUUUUGCUUCUAUAACUGGUCUGAUACUCUUCGGAAAAUCGAUGUGUUCAUUUGGUGUAUUGUCCUCGGUUUAGUGCCACUUGGAGUCGAGGCCGGCCUCUAUUCCAGUGUGGUUUAUCGCCUAUGGGGUAGAAACGUACAAACCGUGGAUAUUUCCAAGCGUUCUUUAAUGCUUCAGAGGAAGAAAUUGACAAAAGUUGUUCUAUCCAUAACCAUUGUAAACUUUGCCUUAUGUGUUCCACUCGAUGUCUACUUCUUCGUGGAAAGUUUUGCAAGUAAGUCUGUGGCUGUGGACACAGGCUCUUGGUCACCACUCUUCAAAUCAGUCGCUCACUUAAUGUUAGUUUUAAAUGCUGCGUGUAAUCCAGUGAUAUACGCAGCACAAGAUCGUAACUUUAGGCGAUAUAUUUGGCGCUUUUUGAAGAAGAUAUGCGGUUGCAAAAUACCUGCUCGCAACUUAUUUUGAGCAGAAAAUCAACGAGAGAACUGACUUCGUUUUAAGAAUGGAAGGGAUAGUCGAUUAUGGUUAAGGGGGAAAAGCGUUUCAUUUUGGGAAGGAGGUUUCUAUAGUGACUUUGUAGAGAAACAAAAACUUAAUUACCACCGAGAUGAAAGAGACAAAAGAGUAUUUCUAACUGAAUGGAACAAAUUGAACUUGAAACCAAUACUGGAGAUUAGAACCAACUCAGGGCUCCCCAGUGAAAGCCGCUCUUCGUGAAAACUUUACUCUCUCUGAACUAUACACUUAGUAGCCUCGCGGUAGGGCUAUAGUAUAUGAUGGACAACAGAUCAUGUCAGUCUGAGGGUUACAACUACCAUAGUGGAGUUUUUCUCGUGCCCUCUACGAAUGAGUUUCGGGUUUUCCCCUCUCUUGUAUCGUGGUUUGUCUUCGACUACUCGUCAAUUUCCAUGUGGUCAGCCAGAAAAAAAUUUAUACACUGUCAGUUAACAUCACGACUUAUUACAUUGCAUUGCUUAUUUAAUUGCAUCAUAUUGCUUACUUUAGGCGUUCACUCUUUUAAAAACGCCCGAGUUUAUUUAACAGCAGCCCAGAGAGAUGCUAAAUAAAGCAAGGAAAACGAGGAUUAUUUUAAAAGAGGGGCGGACACUCAGUCUCUAUUUACAAUUCUUGAUUUAAGUGUAGACGCUCUGGAAGACAGCAAAACCUUUUAUUCGUAGUUUAUCGGAUAAAUGUAAAAAAAGAAUUGUAUUCGUGAAUUUCACUGACUGCUUUGACGAGAAACACAGGGCCGUAUUGCAAUGAAUAUAGAAUUUUUAAACCAGAAUGACUUUUCAAGUGGUUAUAUAAAAUGUGUUGAUGUGUAGACUGUGUUGAAAAAGCCUCUAGCUGUAAUGUUGGGCCGUUACCGAUAUGUUCACCGGUCAUAUACCGGAUUAUUUCCGUUCCUUACCGUCUUUAAUGGUCAUUUUAGAAAUAGUAAAUUGCGUUUAAAAGAACAUAAAUAUAAUAUUAGCAUAUAUAUUCAAAAGCUUGUCUCGUCAAAGAACAACUGCUGUGUUGUGUACAACUGCACGUUGUUAUGAUCCUUCCUGUUUCCUUUGCCCAU